CCUCUCCUAGAGGUCUCCGUGUCGCCGUGUGCGGAGAGCGCAGUCGUCCCUUCGACGAACGGAAACGCCCGGGGAGUCGUCUUGGCACGGGAAUUUUACACGGCGUGCCCCAACAGCAGCAGCCGCCGCCGCCGCCGAAGCGUUUCUCUCUUUUUGGCUUUUGUGCGUGCGCCUUAUGGUGAGCCGCCACUGCCUGUGAUCCAAACAAUCGCCCACUGGAUGCGAUCAUGAAGUGUGCUGCCCCAGUGCUCAUCGCUGCUCUUUGCGUCUUCGGAGUCACCGCCGCGCUCAAAGCCCCUCGCCUGGAGCACGUGAACGCGGACGUGGGCUACCAUGCCAUCGUCAAGGAGAACAGCCGGAACGUCGAGAUCAUGCCCAGGAUCCGGGUGCUUGACGCCAAGGUGUGCCGCUUCCUGGUGACCAACAAGCGGCACGGCGAGGCGCCCUUCGAGGUUCGCAUCACCGACGAGGCGACGGGCAAGGCCGAGCUGUUCGCCAAGAAGGAGCUCAACUGCGAGAAGCACCGGAACUACAAGUUCGACAUCGCCGCCGUCGGGUGCAACGGUCUCGUCUCGGAAAACGUGACUGUGCACCUGACAGUGGACGAUGUCAACGAGUUUGCUCCUCGGUGGGAGGAGGAGUCCUACCAGGGCAGUGUGGACGAGGGCCGGCCACCACACGAACGUGUGCUUCGUGUGCGUGCCCUCGACGCAGACUGCACACCCAAGAACAGCGAAAUCUGCAAGUACGACAUCCUGGAUGCCCACGUGCCCUUUUCCAUCGACUCUGAAGGCACCAUCUGGACCACGGAGCCUUUGGACUGGGAGGCAAGCAGCAACCACAUCUUCCAGGUGGUGGCAUUUGACUGCAGCAUGAAACAGAGCCACCCAGUCACUGUCACCAUCAAGGUCAACAGGGUCUGCAAGGUUGGAUGGAAAGGCAUGGAGGAACAUGUGGAGUACACGCCAGGAUCUGGCCGGAGGGCCUUGUUCCCAGAUGCGCAGCUGGAGUUGUGCGAAGGAGCUUGUGAACCUGAACAGCUGUCAGCUCGUCUGACCCUGGCUACACGCCACGUGGGCAAGGGUUGUGACCGGGACACCUACUCAGUCGACUCUCAGAGAAAACUGUGUGGUGCCAGCUCGGACAGCGUAGACCUGCUGCCAAGCCCUGGUGUCGGAGCGGAGUGGACACAGGGGCUACCAACAGACGAGGGCCGCGAGAGUGACCAGAUCUACGAGUUUGACGGUGCCACCAAUGCCGUCGUCAUUCCCGAGUCCACCGUGUCGCACAACCUGACCAACGUCUUCACGGUGGGCUUCUGGAUGCGCCACCGUGCGCCCACUUCCCACAAUGCCAGCCACCUCAAAGAGCACGUGCUGUGCAACUCCGACGACCACCGAAUGAGCAGGCAUCACACGGCACUGUUUCUGCGCAACUGUCGGUUGAUCCUCCUGCUGCGCCGAGAACCCACCCAGGAGCAGGCCAACAAGUUCACACCAGCCGAGUGGCGCUGGAAGACACCUGAGGUCUGUGAUGACCGGUGGCACCACUACGCCGUUUCUGUCAACUUCCCCGAGGCCUCCCUGUAUGUUGAUGGGCGGCCCUUCAAAGUGACAGCCAACAACCCCGAGAUCGUGGACGACUGGCCACUGCACCAGACCAAAAAUAUCAACACUACCUUUGUCGUGGGGGCCUGCUGGCAAGGCAAGGACAACAAGAUGGCAUUCCACUUCCGUGGCUACUUGACUGGUCUGUCGGUGCUGAGGGGACGCACCGAGUCCCCUGAUGUGCUGUCCUGCCUGCACCGUUGCAAGGAGUGGCUCGACAUCCCCCCUGCAGACUCACAGGCUGCAGGAACGGAGGUGACAUCCAACUCUGAGCGCAGCGAAGUCACAGUAACAGCCCGUGACCAGGACACAAUUGAGGAUCUGGUGUCCCGUGUGGCCUAUGUCAACUCACGUGACUUCCCAACACCAGGUCGUCGCACUGUUCACGUAGCCACAACUGUCAUGUGCAGCAAUGGUAAGGCUCAGAAGGUUCCCCCUGUAGAGUCAUGGGUAACCAUUCUGGCAGCUGAGCAGCCAAGCAUCACCAUCAAUGGCACACCCAACCUGGCACGCGAGUACGAACCUUUCAAGCAGGGUAUCGAGCUGUUUGCUUCCGUCUUCAUCUCAGUUGGCCGUGAACGUCCAACUACCACCCAGGCCAGCACAGCUUCCUCGUCCUCACAGGAGGAUGAGGAUGACGAUGACGAAGAGGACAACCAGGUGUCGCCACCCGCCACUUCCCAGCGUCCUGGACGGCUAGAUUCCUGCAGCGUGCAGGUCUACCCUCCGCUGAACCCAGACCACGAGCACUUCCAGCUGCCCUCGUACAUGAUGGCCCACCUUGGCAUCCACCACCGAGAGAGCAAAGAUGGACUGGUCAUUUAUGGAGCUGACAAGGUGCAGCACUAUGAAAACGUGUUGCGGCAGAUCCUGUACUUCAACAAGAAACCUGCCUACUACCUGAAUCGUGCUUUCAAGCUGGUCUGCUCAGAGUUGAAUGGCCGCUUUGUCAGCAAUGAAUACAUCCAAACGCUGACCGUGAUUCACCCACGGCCCGAGUCACCUAGCCAGCACGAGACAGCUGCACCCGCCACUGGAGCGAUGCGCACCACUCCGGCCUCGCCAUCGUCCUCACGACCCGUGGCUCCAGCCGCACCUGCCAUGGCUGCUCAUGCUCAGGUAGCCUCGCACAGUGUCGAGGCCAAGCCUGCCAAGACCCACGCAGGAAAAUAUGUGGAACUGCUGGAUGGCGGCGCGUCCGAGGCACUGGCCAAGAGCUCUGCAAGCCACGCAGUGACCAUCAUCAUAGUGGUGUGUGUCGGCUUCCUGGUGUUCAUGAUUGUGCUCGGCGUGAUCCGCAUUCGUGCUGCGCACCAGCACCAGCAGCACCGGCAGGGCAGUUCACGCCUUCGCUCAGGGGACGAUCAGGACCAGGAAAUGGCCUGGGACGACUCCUCCCUCACGAUCACCGUGAACCCCAUGGAUCAAAUAACCGAGGAACGGGAAGGCCGUCGCGGCGUUGGCGCCAGCACCGGCAGCGGGAGCAGCAACGGUCGCCGAGCUGCGGCCGAGGAUGAGGACUCCGACAGCUCGGACGACGGCAGCAGCUACCACGAGGAGAGCGAGGAAGAAGAGGGGGCUCCCCCCGAGAAGGCCAAGGCCAAAGGGGACCUCGAGUGGGACGACUCGACCCUGACCUUUUAGAGAGAUAGCGUGCCGCCGUUGCAGCACGUGUCUUGCAUACCCACCACAGUGGUGAAGAAGGCAACAGUCCCUUCUAUUUCUCUUUCGUUCGUUUCUUCUCGUCGUUGGCCUCCCCCGACGCCUCGGUGAUCCGUAACGCCUUUGCGGUCGCAAAGGUCGAGCAGUGCUUCAAACGGGGGCCCUCAGAAUAUAGGAAAGAGCAAGUGCGCGUAGGCCUUCCUCCUCUGUGCGUCGUCCUGUUUGCAGCACUGUUCAGAGCCUGUAUCAUAUGUCCCUACUAUCCUGGGCAACUCGACGCCCUGUUUCAGUUUACAGUCACACUGCAACAGCAGCGCAAAAAUGCAGAAAUGAAGUGGGGCCCCUUUUUGUUGGUGCUGCCGUCGCAGUGUGUUUUUUUAUUGAAGGCGUUGUGGAUCACGAGCUAGCGCCUACAGCUGCAUUGUUACAGUGAUUCAGAAUGCAACCUAGUGUGCUGACCGGGAGGGGGCAACAAGUCGGUGUCUUUCUCUUCUUCAGCCGGAAAAAAAGAAAGAGUAUAUGGCACCACUUCUAGGUGCGGCUGGCUGUCCAGCUCAGUGCUGCUUCCUUCGGAAUGUUGGUAACAAAUGCCGCGCGAGUGACACGUGCGUGCAGUCGCACUCCGGGCAACGGUGUUCAACUCUCUCUCCUGUCUUGCCUGUGUGGAAAAACUGUGCAACGAAAGCCUUCUGUAGCUGUGAGCUCAGAAGUUUCUUGCGAAAGUGCACCUUCGGUUGAAUAGCCCACUAGGUAGGAUUCUAAUCACUGUACCACGAUUUUGUCAGCUUCUCCUUUUGACACAGAAAAAUGACAAACAUGUACACUCUCUCGCUCUCUCUUGGCUUCUUCUUGAAAGCUACACUUUAAGUGUUGGCAUCAUGUGCAAUGCGUAUAGCUUCCGCAUGACACCUGUGCGGCACACAUUCGCUAUUCCGGUGAAAAAGAGCAUUGCCGAACAGAGGCUUAAGUGACACAUGAUGCUUUGGCUAAAGCUAAAGGGGAGCCAAUAGAUAGCUUGGACAAAGAGCCACAGAGUUCUCCAGUAUAUACUGGUCUGGCCUUACAGAACAAUUGGGAUAUGAAUUGGUUUUGGGGAAUAAUAUGUGCUAUCAGCAGAGGGAAUGGUACUAUUAAGAAAGAAACGAGGUUAUUAAUUGCUUUAUCAUUUAAUUGGGCGUGCAAAUAACUGCUCUUUUCAUUCUGGCAGAUAUUCCGUCUGCUUGCUGCGCCCUGUUCUUUUUUUGUCUCACUGACUUUUUUAAUUGCACAUCCCCGUGUUUUGUCUUAAUCUGCAUAACAGAACGUCUGCACUUGGUUGUUCAGCUACUGCUGUGCAGGGAAGCCACUGCCUCAUGUCCCUCUGAACGAAAACUUUUCGUGGCCUUUUAUGCAGCGAAGCCCUGUUUAAUGUCUCAAGAUGGAGAACUCUGUGUCUGCUCUCACAUGUACAGACCCUUGCGUAAUGCAUACACACUCACACUGGACCACUUAGUGUUUUGGUUCCCCUCUUAUUUUUGUCGUGUCUUUUUACCGACCUUGCUACCUUUCCUUGCCUCACAAGAAAUCUUUCUCUAGGGCUGCUCCAUGUCUGAGAGCAAGUCUGUGUCUGAAAAACUUCUUGUAGGAAUCGUCAAACAGACGAUCGAAGACUUUGUUUGCCCAUUAGCUGUCGACGACGUUGGUGGUACAAGAUGACUGGGUCAGCCUGCCGGUCGCCGAAGCCUUAGAAGGUGCCAGCUCGCUUAAAUUUGUAGUUACACAAUAACGCAUACCUUGCACUCGGACAAGCCUGGAACUUUUGAAAAACUAAGGAUAGCAUAUUCAACCUGCUGCCACCAAGUCAUCUUGAGCAUUUUGGAUCUGUAGUGUCGAAUGUUUCAGCUGAAAGAAUGUGCGGUCUGCAUAGCUUUUAACAAGCUUGCAAUCUGUCCAUUAUACAGUUGUAACUUUUUUUUUUCUGUCUUCGUGCCUCAGUUGCCCGCUUGUAAGAAAAAAAGAAACUAUCUUUUGUAUACUGGCACUUACGAAAGUGGGCAGUCUGCAACAGAGGGAGAAGUUAGCCCGACUGACACAAACAUUUCAAAGCAUUACUCCACAGCCUUGCUGCCCGCCAGCAUAUUUUUCACAGGGCGCCCGUAACUUUCAACGUGUCGGUGUUUUGAUCUUUAGUUUUUCCCUUGACUCGUUUUUGCCUUCGUCUCCCGGUAUUGUUCCUCGUGAAGUCAGGACUGAUCCCGAGUAUGCGGUGGUCCUUCCUGCCUCCCUUUUUUUAUACCUUUUGCUUUCCAGUUUUAUAUUUAUUUGCAAGUGCUCUCACUACUGGCAGCGAGCCAAAGAGCACGCUUUCUGUCUGAGUUAAUCUUUUUUGACUUUAUCUUUGGAAAUGGCAGUUUCUUUCGGGUGUAGGGUUAAUUUGUCGCGACAUUCAAAGGACUGCAAACCAACGUGCAGAACUUAACAAGUUGUACACUGCUGUUUGACACCAAGCGCUGCUUGUAGUUGCACACAGGCUCACAAAAAGCUCUGCGGUUUUUUGUUUUUCCUUUCGAAGUUUUCAAAAUGUUGUUCCAAGUGUGAGAUAGGAGCUAAGGACAGCCAAGUUGGAUGCUGUCAGUGGCCACAUGCUGUUGUGGCUUGGCUCCAACUUCAAUGAUUUCACUUUCGAUCAGAUUUUCAGGCGAGUCUAAUUAUUUAUCAAGAGACAAGAAGGUGUGAGAGAUGAGAGAAAAAGCUGUAAACAGAGCAUUUGUACUUCAAGUUUCUACCAUUGUAAUGUGUCUUCUCUCUGCAAUUGUGCAUGCACUUACACAUAUAUUCAAGCUAAAUUUUUCUACGGUGAAUACUGAUGAAAUGCAUGGCAAAUUAUCAACAGCAGUAUCGUGUUACUGGUGUUGCGACGUCAUCAACUUCUUUGAUACCAUUGAAGGAAGCCUUAAUUGUUUGUUACAUUUACUCAUGCCUGCUGCAACCUUUUCUUUCUUUGCCUUCCCUUUUCUUUGUCCCCACCCCACUUCGUUUUCUUUAUUCUAUGCUGGUCCGUCAGGGAUAGACCAUGGAACUUUGGUUGUGGUUGGAUAUGCCGAAAGGGAAAGAAGGGUCAAGAACGUUGUUUCAGUGGAUAGCCUUACCUCUCAGCAGUAAGUGAGUCCAUCACUCGGACCUAGCUGGGACAAGAUAGCUGAACAGCACAGAUGGGAAUACGCUCGGAGCUUUUCAGUGUGGGCGAGCGUAUCGAAUCAUGUGCUUUCACAACCGCUCCCUUCCAAAAAGCAUAUAGUUGCAUUUGUUAAACAGUUUUGCCGCAUGGCUGACGUGUGAGCUCUCUUUUUUUUAUUAUUUCUGUAAUGAUGUUUAGAAGAAUUUCCUGGAUGAGCUGGAUUACCUAUACACCUCUCUCUCUGUUUCUUUCUUUCCUUCUACAAGGCAUUCUGCCACAGAUGUGGGCGCAGCACUUUCAUGGAUCUAUGAACUGCCCGCCGACUCUUUUCUUUUUCACUGUGUCACACUCGUCCCGCUUGCUUUGUUCUGUACAGGUCGCGAUGAGGAAGUACACGAUAAAUACACUUGAGGCACUUGUUAGUUAUUCCCUCAUUUGCUUACGUAGGGGGUCGGUAGAAUCAAUUUUCACACAAUGGGAGGAUGUUUUAGGAACAAGAAUUUUAUCCCUUUUCUGAAUUUUCUUGCUGAUUUGAAAACUGACUUGCUGUAUGCUUGAACAAUAAGAUGUCUGCUUUUUCUUUCGAACAGGCAUGUGACUGUUGCUUUGCCAUUCUCAUGCCAGUGGCAUAUCUUUCUUUUUUUUUGCCACCAUUCUUCCUUUUUGGCAGCUUCACUCUUUCUUUUUUUCUUUUUUCCAACUAAAUUGGGGCAUUUUUGAUGCUCAAGAACAAAUUUUCUUUAAAUGUUUUGUAAAUUGUCGUCAGUAUGCUGGUGUAGCCAGUCACACGUGAUGGCUGCUGUCUGGGUUAUUACAGAAGCUUUCAUUAUGUUCGCUGGGCUUUUGUAAGUUUUCAGAUCACAUGGGAAGUUGGGUUCUCGCAGCAUUAGCAUAUGAGAACAUGGCAGCACAGUGCAAAGCUAUGCACUGUACUUGGACGUGGGUUUAAUGACAUGUACUGCGCUUUAAUUGCACCUCCGCUGGUUUAGUUGGUGUGAUUUGUUGUGGUUGUAGCCUUUCCGAAAGCAACAUCUGUGUGUAAAAAUCUUCUGUCAUGCCAUCACCGUUUUUCCGAGUGCCGAUGUGACUUGAGUAACGUGAACAAACAUGUCUCCCAUACCUUUGUAUCUCUUUUUUUUUUUUCCAACUUUGCGGUUUCUUUUGUCAGCUGGGACUGUGUUUUUAUUGGCAUCUUUAUGACACUUUUCUGCCAUGUUGUCCAGCAUCAUACUUCAGCUGUUAUACUUGAGCUGCACUUGUUGUCAUCAUCCAGUGCGUGUAGGACAUCUUUAGGGUUUUUGCACACACCACUGCUGUUUUUUGUCCUUCGCAUCUUGUUGUUUUGAUGUGUGUUUCGCUUUCUCAAGCCUUCGAGGGUUGUUUGAGAGUGUGUGGAAGCAGAAGACGACAGUACACGCGUUUCUUGUGUUGUCUGAGUUGGUCGUUGAGUUGUUCUUUGUUGCUUGUGGUCUAGAAUGCGGGCUGUUCCGUGUCGACAGCUUGAGAGAGCGAGACCUUUACCGUGCCAUAGUGCAGACAACUGCUGAGUUCAAAUAUACUUGUCAUUUAACAGAGCUGAGAAGAAGAAAACACAGCCACAUGAAAGUCAGCCAUUGUGGCUCCUUUCCUCAUUUUUUUUACUUCUUCUUCUACUAAUUAGCUCGUCAAGGUGUUCGCCAGAGUACAGGUUCUGUAUACUAACAUUUUAUUGAUUUCACCCACUGCCCUUGCAACGUCAGAGUGUCUUUUUCUAUUACUAUCAUGUUGAAAAGAAUGGUAUCCGGCUUACUUUUUUUUAUGUACGAUGGUCUCCAUGCAUUGAUUUUGUUGUUGCCAAACAAUGUCGUCGUACGAGUGCACUUACUUACACCCACUACCCUUGGCCUCGGCUUUUGAGUGUGGGCCACGUUUUUGUUUCUCCCCUGUCACUUCAUAGCGCUAAAGGAGGAAGCAACAUAUCUACUACUACUACCAGCCGGCUUUUCACUAAAUGUCCUUCGAACGUGAAGAGGAGCUGCCUGAACGGAGCAGGCGACGUUGAUUUCUUUUGUUGGUCUUCAAGGCACUCUUGCUUGGCUGUUCGAUGUCUGUGGUCGUCGUCACCACCUUGAGUUGACUGUUUUGCGCAUAGUGAUGACAUCUAACCGUCAAUGGUCGCCAGUAUCUGGAGUCUUAAUUGAGUCGCUGCUUGUAUAAAUGCACCAUUUCCCCCCCACUACCGCCUCCUAUUUGCUUUUGCUUCUUGCUUGUUGCCCGAGCUCUUCUAUUCCAGAAUGUUUGCUAUUGUACGUAUCAUCCAGACGGUUUCACUUGCUGCUGGCCCCAGCAGAGUCGAAGCGUUUUGCGACAGAAGCGCGUCGUGCCACCCCAACCGCAGGCACGUGUUGCACGGAUCAUUUCGAGCCGCAACUGAAAAGAAAUGAAAAACAGAGUCACCACUUUCGCGCUUUUUUAACAGGGGGUGCCUUCUGCAUUAUCAUUUCUCUAGGGCUGCAACAGCUAGCGUUGCAGAAAUCUGUACACACAAGCAUUCUGAAAAAACGGCAGGUGGUCCGGUACUGUGUGACACGCUUGCGCCAGUAAUGCCACUGAAAAUCUACGCUGGGGCCGGCAGCAUGUUAUGGAGAGCUCUCGUUUUUCAGUAAAAUUGUGCCACAAAUUUUUUUUUUAAUCUUCGUAUACUUUUGUUGUGUUUUGGCAGCUGGUACAUGUACCUAUAGGGAAGAAAGAGACGGCAUUGCCUAUUGUGUAGUCUACACAUUUCUGUCCCCCCCCCCCUUUUUUUUUCCCUUGUGUUUGUACUAAUUGUAUGCUCGAGAGUCAAAACUGAGACAUUCCAUGCAAAGGUGAAGAGAAAAGUGCUGUAUUUCGUUUGUUUGGCAGGGAAAACCAUUUGAGUAUGCUAUGAUGUGAACCAUGGGGCUUCAGGCUCCCAUUUUUUUAGCGUACGGGAUGGACACACCAGUCCCCAAUUUCAAUGGGGGAAAAAAAAAACGAGGAAUGUGCCGUUUCAUUUUUUUUUUUUUUCUCUGAGAAUGAGUGUGUCUUCUGUCCUGUACAGCGUGUCAUUCGUGAUAUGUAUGUAUAAAUAUACAUAUAAUAUAAUAAUGCAAAUUGUAGCCUCGUGUAGGAAAAAUCCUCUUGAACUGACAAAUAUUCUGUACCAGCUGAUCACUUUGAUUGCAAUAAAUACCACAUGGUUGUCCCAA